AUGGCCACACUUCACAAAUUUAAGCUGCUGGCCACUCAGUGCGCGGUCGCCGGCAGCCCAACCAGAAGCCCGACCACCAGCCCCGUGAUCCACCUCCGCAGGAGAAGAAGGACCCUCAGGAUGCUGCUCGGCCGCGCGGGAGGGGGCGCCGGAAGAAGGCUUCCGCCGAGAUGCGACGGGGGAUCGCCGGAUCGUAGGCGGAGCUUCGAUGAGGUGAGGUCGCCGGAGAGGGGUAAGGAGUUGUCAGUCGGACACAAGCUGAGGGAUUUGUUCGUGUCCUCGCCGCCGGCUUUGGGGGAAGGAGUGUCGGAGAGCGGGAGGGGAUUUUCGCUGCCGACGGGCGGCGGCGAUGACCUACGGCGAGGCCGUGGACGGCCGAUGCGGCCGCUGUCGGCGACUUUGCGGCAGCGGUUGUUGAGGAGAGCUUGGCGGCCUGUUCUCGUCGCCAUACCUGAAUGA